AUGACAGCUGUGAAAAAGGCUCUUGCUAUGCGGCAGCUGGAUUCGAUGUUCGGAACAAUGACUCUAGAGGGUGAGGGACGUCAUUCUCCAUUAGUGAGCUCAACUAUAGAGCACGACCCUCACUGUGAUGUGCAUGGUCACUGCAGUACUCCGUACAGAUCGUCACUAUACCUACACAGUAGGGAAUCAACACCAGGGUAUUAUAGGGAUUGUAUAUCUCCUACGAAUGGACUUAUAAUAAGGCGUAGGGGUUCAGUCGGAUUAACGCCGUCUCCUGUGAGGGAGUUAGAACAUCCGUCUACUUUCCCCAGUAUUCUUCGGCGUGACCGAUACAGUCCAUCACAGACUCCACCAAGGAGAGAUACUCCGAGCCCUACACAGAAGCCGAACUCUAAAAGGCAUUCUAUGGGGUCGUUCCCAAAUCUCUCUCGGUGCAACGUUGUUAAUUAUAACAGACGAGACUCGCUCACCAGCAAUAUAAGAGAUAUGAAACGAGAUUACGUGGGCUCCACAAGUUCCUUAUCAAGAAAGAGUUCGAUUGAUACAAAAAAAUCGUCAUCGGAUUCCUUGGAUAUUUGGCACAUUGGAUGGGAGUCGGAUCGGCAUCGUACGGAAUCUCCAUUACCCCAUGAUGAGAGUCUGUCCUAUAGAAAUAACAAGCAACAUCCGCACGGAACCGCUAUUACCGCGCUCGGAUGCUCUAUCGCGAUCAAAAUGAAGUCAAAACCGCCGCAAUAUAUGGACGUGCCACCUUUCAGGCCCUGGCCGCUUUCCCGGCAAGUGCAACCUAAUUUUUAUUUCCGCCCACCCGAUCCAAUGGAGACGCGAAACUUUAAGACUUCGUCAUCAAAGGCUUCUACGUAUUCCGAAUUUUCCGCGAUGAGUGCAUAUAGUAAUAAGUCAAGAGACUACUAUUUCUUAUCACCCAGCUACCGAUCAGCGGGUGCGCCAACUCCAAGCAACACUGCUGACUUGUACCUCAACAGGGAUAGACCCCGACAAUUACGCAAUCCAAAAGCAACUUCGCCCGCUUGUCCCUGCAGCAGAUCACGGUCUUUAGAAGAUGUCCGCACUGAAGUUGUCACCGAAUGGGAGGAUGACGAUGAAAAUGGAAAUCGUAUCGUUGCUCCCGCUACGAAAUUUAGCCGUAGCGCGUACAAAAUGAAUGCUUCAUUUCAAAAACAAAAUUUUCUAACUCGUCAUUCAAUGGAAAACCUCGCGGAAAAGUCUCCACAAGUGCUGCCACCCAAACGCAUCACCGGCUUGCAGGCGCAGAAUAGAAAUGGCGGCCUUCAAACUGCUCCAUUGUCCGCACCAAACGCCGUGUCUGAAACAAAUGGAUCGAGACCUAUGUUCAAGCCUGUUACGGUGUUGGAGGAUCUUCAGGCUGUGAGGUGUGCCGAGUUCCAUCCAAACGGAAAGCUCUACGCGGUCGGAUCUAAUACGAAAACCCUGAGGAUAUGCACAUACCCGAAGAUUGAUGAUGUCAAGGAUACAAGCACUCCGUCGGCGCCGCAGGUUUUAUUAAAGAGAACGAAACAUCACAAAGGCAGCAUCUACUGCCUCGCUUGGAGUCCAGCUGGAGAUCUACUUGCGACCGGAUCGAACGAUAAAACAGUAAAGUUGAUGAGAUUUAACAGCAAUAACUGCAAUCUGGAAGGACAAGAAGUUGAACUAACCAUGCACGAUGGCACAGUUCGCGACGUUUGCUUCAUAGAAGAUACCUCGAACAAAGCCAGUCUUCUCGUGAGUGGAGGUGCCGGCGAUUGUAAGAUCUAUGUCACCGACUGCGCUACAGGGAAACCAUUCCAGGCACUGAGUGGUCAUUCGGGACAUGUACUCUCUCUGUAUAACUGGGGAGGUGCGAUGUUCGUAUCAGGCAGUCAGGAUAAAACUGUCAGAUUCUGGGAUCUACGUACAGGUGGCUGCGUCAACGUAAUAUCACCACCGAUGGGACACCCUGGCAAAGGUUCUGCUGUAGCAUCACUAGCAGUGGAUCCGAGUGGCAGGCUCCUUGUGUGCGGUCACGACGAUGGCUCGUGCGCAUUGCACGACGUACGUGGCUCGCGUUCCCUACAGCGUUUCACGCCUCACUCGAGUGAUGUCAGAAGUGUACGUUUUUCACCUGGGGCGUAUUAUCUCCUCACUGCGGGAUAUGAUGGCCGAGUUGUGCUUACAGACUUACAGGGUGAUCUUACCUGCGCGCUGUCGAGCGUCCCCAUAGCGCGUCAUCCGGAUAAGGUGAUAUCAGCAAGAUGGCACCCAGACGACUUCUCAUUCCUCUCGACGUCUGCUGAUAAGACUGCAGUACUAUGGACUAUACCACCCAUAUAA